UACGAAUCAAGAUUAUUUUCUUCAAUGAAGUACAAGAUGUUCAUUUCUAAACACUCGAAAACUUUCACUGCACUCGGGUGACUAGCCACUACAGUAGAUUACCUAUAUUUUUUCCCAAAAAUAUUCAAGGUUAAUUUAUUUUUAUCUGAAAAUCUCAUAUGAUUUUUUUGUUUUUUAUAUCGGGAUUAGGAGUCUGUUUUAAUUAUAAGUUUAAUACAUAAAUACACAAGAAACCUUUUACAGUUAACUACUUUUCAUUGAACAACCGGCAAAAUAGUAAUUAAAAUGUUUAUCGUUUAGUAAAGGAAACAUAUUUUAGUAAAUAUUUUCGUGAAUUUAAUUUUAUCAAAAUGUUUUAAAAAUCGUGUGGGGUUUUAUUGAGUGCACUUUGUACGACCCGCUGGAAAAGUUUUUCGUAAUUUGCGGUUAACAGUGGGAAAGGUUAUACGUUAAAUUCCGAUACAGCAUUUUCAUCAAAAUGACCGAAAGAAUCAAGAUCGACGAGCCUCUCUGGGAUCAAAACACAUUCGUAGGACGUUUUAAGCACUUCUUGUGGGUUACAGAUCCUAGAACGUGCAUCGAGAGCGAAGAAACGUUGGACAACGCUAAAUUACUGGUCGAGAAAUACAGAAAAGGUCUGGAACCGCCGGGGACGACGAAGGAACAAAUCAUCUACGCAAAAAAGUUAUAUGAGAGUGCUUUCCAUCCCGACAGUGGCGAAAAGCAGAAUGUCUUCGGAAGGAUGUCUUUCCAAGUACCUGGAGGUAUGGCAAUCACAGGAGCCAUGUUGCAGUGGUACAGAACUCCAUUUGCUGUGGUCUUCUGGCAAUGGGUAAAUCAGUCCUUCAACGCUCUAGUCAACUAUACGAACCGGAACGCCAAGUCUCCUACUACCACAACGCAACUAGUGGUAGCCUAUGCCUCAGCAACUUCAUCAGCUAUGAUCACAGCGUUGGGCUGCAAGCAAUAUUGGGGCAAGAUGGCUAAUCCUUUCAUACAGAGAUAUGUACCUUUUGCUGCAGUGGCAGCCGCCAAUUGCGUGAAUAUUCCGCUCAUGAGGCAAAACGAGAUCAUCUACGGCAUCGACUGCUCCGACGAAAACGGCAAAAUCGUCGGCCAAUCAAAGGUAGCGGCAGCGAAAGGCAUCUCACAAGUAGUUUUCUCUAGGAUAGUUAUGUGCGCACCUGGCAUGUGCAUUCUGCCCAUAAUCAUGGAACGAGCUGAGAAGUUUAAAUUUAUGCAGAGGAUUACGUUCCUACAUGGACCUAUUCAAGUUAUGGGCGUCGGUUGUUUCUUAACCUUCAUGGUACCAGCUGCUUGUGCUCUCUUCCCACAAAGAUGUUCAAUCAAAACCUCAACGAUAGCUUGGCUGGAACCGGAGCAUUACGAGAAUAUUAAGAAGAACUGCGGCGAUAAAGUCCCUGAAAAGCUUUACUUCAACAAGGGUCUCUAAAUCCUUUUCCUCAUUGGUGUAUCGUUCAGGACAUAUUUUUAUUUUCUCCGUAGUCUACAAUAGAUCAAAGAAUAAGUAAUAAUUUUCAAGAAAUAGUACAAGUAUUCGUUGAAUGCAGUAGUUCUUCCACUAAAAAUAGAAGAAUUAUCAGAUACGCCACUGUAGUC